GACGUGCACGAGCCUGAGGUGCUCGCAGCUGUCCUCGGCUCCAAAGUGAAGACUACGCGCAAGAACAAGGAGACAACAAACAAAACGCAACAGAACAACAAAGUGGACGAGUAGGCUUUUCUUCAACGACUUUCCUCGGUGAAUUUUCCCUUUCUGCUGGCGGCGCCCCUUUGCUCUUGAAGCUGUGGCAUGAGCCUAUGUGGCAGGAAGGCACUGACGUUGCUGAGCAGCGUGUUCGCUGUUUGCGGCCUGGGCCUGUUGGGCAUCGCCGUAAGCACCGAUUACUGGCUCUACCUGGAGGAAGGCGUCAUCCUUCCACUCAACCAGAGCACCGAGAUACGCAUGUCCCUCCACUCUGGCCUCUGGAGAGUUUGUUUCCUGGCUGGGGAGGAGAACGGUCGCUGUUUUACCAUUGAAUAUGUGAUGCCCACUAAAGUUCAGAUGACUUCAGAGUCCACUGUCAGUGUCCUGAAGAUGAUCCGUUCGGCCACACCUUUCCCACUGGUCAGCCUCUUCUUUAUGUUCAUUGGUUUUGUGCUCAGCAACAUUGGCCACAUUCGACCACAUCGCACCAUCCUGGCCUUUGUUUCGGGGAUCUUCUUCAUCCUAUCAGGUCUGUCCCUGGUGGUUGGUCUGGUGUUGUACAUCUCAAACAUCAAUGAUGAAAUGUUGAAUAGGACCAAAAGCAAUGAGGCCUACUUCAGCUAUAAGUACGGAUGGUCGUUUGCCUUUGCUGCCAUCUCCUUCCUCCUCACUGAGACGGCCGGCGUGAUGUCCGUGUACCUGUUUAUGAAGCGCUACACAGCGGAGGAGAUGUACCGGCCCCACCAGGGCUUCUACCGGCCUCGCCUCAGCAAUUGCUCCGACUACUCAGGCCAGUUCCUCCAUCCGGAUGCUUGGGCUAGCCGCGGCCGCAGCCCCUCGUCCAUCUCCUCCGAGGCUUCCCUCCAGAUGAACUCCUCCAACUACCCCGCCCUCCUCAAGUGUCCCGAGUACGAACAGAUGUCCUCCUCGCCCUGCUGAAGGAAACAACCACCAGAGAAACUCAUACUGACAACAAAGGAAGAACCUGUGACACAGCAUCCUGCCUCCCUCAUCAUGACCACCUCUUCAAAGCUUAUUAACAGCUAUGUAUAGUAUCCACAUAGCUGCAAAAUACAAACACUUAACGACAUGACAAAUUAUUACAAUUGUUUGUAUACAGUAAAUGAGUACUUAGGUGGUGUUGGUGCUACUUCUGGUAGCCGAUGCAGUGUCUUGUUCAGAGUCGAGUGAAGCAGCAGAAGUGCGACCCUCUGAGAAGGCACCGGAUGUUGAUGGGGAGUGUUGCAUGUACGGUGGUCGUCGCUGCAAAUGGAGGAGCGGAAGGUGGAGAAAGUGGAGCAGUGGGGUGUGUGAUACCAUAAUCUUGCAAAAUGUGAAUGUAAGAAAUCCAAAAAGGAAAAAAAAAAACUGUUGAAUGAUGACUUUACAGCAUCAAUUUGACUUAAAUUGUAAAUAUAAAAUUUUUGUAAUUUCUACCCUUAUGAUGACACAAUAUUCCGGCCAGAAUAUUCCAAAAAGGCCUGUGCCGAGGAAGAUAUUUGAAACAGUUAAAACGAAAGAAAAUCAACAUUUCAUGCAGCGUUAAGUGAGUAAACAUAUGUCGGAGAAACAUGUUGUCGUGUGCAAUAAUUUUAUUUGAGUUCACACUACUCUUGUUUGAUGUUUAUAUUUACUGUUGUUUAAUGUGAACUCAUAUACACCACUGGUCAACAUAUUUUU